CCUAAUUUACAUACAACUAGAAUUUACAUUUAUCGUAUCGGCCGGAAACAGGUCUAUAGGUAGAUACGUAUUAAAAUAUAAAAUAUUUUCUUUUUAAUUCGGCUUCCAGAAAGCAAGCACCAUAUUAUAUACCUACUCUGAAUUUUAAUCUAUAAUUAAAGAUCUUAUAUCGUCUAUGACUUCGUUUCCCUUAGCAACACGAACAAAACAAACAUAAACUAACAUUUAAUUCUUUUGAUACAAUGAAUCGGGAUAUUACGAGCUAUUCAAUAGUAGGGCGAAUAGGUGAGGGUGCCCAUGGGCUAGUCUUUAAGGCUAAUCAUCUCCCAACCGGCCGUGAGGUGGCCCUAAAGAAGAUUCUUAUCAAAAACAUAGACGAAGGAAUACCAGUUAAUGUUAUGCGAGAGAUAAAGGCUUUGCAACUGCUCCGGUGUAAAUAUGUAAUAAAACUCUAUGACAUGUUUCCACGAGGUAUGAGCCUAGUUCUCGUACUGGAGUACAUGUCCUCAGGAUUAUGGGAUAUGUUGCAUCAUAGACAACAAGAGUUGACUCUACCAAGAGUAAAAGCGUAUGCGCAGAUGCUUUUAAAGGGAACACGAUAUAUGCACGCACAUUAUGUUAUGCAUCGGGAUCUUAAGCCUGCAAAUUUACUUAUAAACCAUGAAGGCGUUUUGAAGAUAGCAGAUUUGGGUCUAGCGCGAUUAUUUUGGCCAGAUGGAGGUCGACCAUACUCUCAUCAAGUAGCAACUAGGUGGUACCGGGCUCCAGAAUUGUUGUACGGAGCACGAUAUUAUACUGAAAAUGUCGAUGUUUGGGCAGUAGGUUGUAUUAUCGCGGAGAUGAUCACUAAGAAGCCACUCUUUGCUGGUGAAUCAGACAUAGAACAACUAGCAAUAGUGGUACAACACCUGGGUACACCUACCGAAGAUUCAUGGCCCGAUCAUUCAAAUCUACCGGAUUAUCAUAAAAUCACGUUUCCCGAAAGCCCACCAAUGUCGUGGACAGAAAUUUUACCGGGAGUCGAACCAGACGCGGUUAAUUUUAUUAAAUCUUUUUUACUUUAUGAUGAGAAUAAAAGGAUAUCUGCUAAAGAGGCCUUAAGACAUUCGUGGUUUCGCACGAAACCAACUCCAGCCAAUUUAGAAGAUAUGCCGAGACCUAAUUUGAAUACGAAACGAUAAUCUAUGUAAAUAAAAUAAAACGCAAAUUAAAAUUAAACAUUUUAUUACCCUCGAGUCAAUAUAUAAAACAAUGUAUAAUACACUUGUACUAGAAUUAAUGAACAUGGACUUCAAAUCAUAUUUAAUAGUUUAUUCUUUAGCACGCAAUUCUGACUAAUAUUAUUAUGCUUUAUAAAGAUGGAACACAAAGCAUUUUUGGCAUAUAGCAGAAACAAUUUUGAAUUCUGUUGAAGAAAUACAUAUAUAAUAUUCCCCAAAUAGACAAAUAAAUGUUUAGUUCCAUUCAA